AUGUCUCUCGUCGGCGGACUAUGUUUCUGCACCGCAUGUAACAAUCUCCUCGAAAGAGUUUCUCCCACCCAUCUCAAAAUCCAAUGUGAAGUCUGCGGCACCACAAAUCCCAACAACUGGCCCUCGACCAUCGUCGAAACUUCUCGACCCCGCUCCCUCCCCUCUCAGCUCCGAACCAAACUCCAAGGAAACGUGCAAUCCGUCUCUGAAGAAGAGCUGCAGAAGAAUGGACAGAAAAUCUCUCAGACGUGUCCCGAGUGCGCUUCGCCGGAAAUGUAUUUUACGGCGUUGCAGUUGAGGAGUGCGGAUGAGGGCACGACGGUGUUUUAUGUUUGUCAUGAAUGUGGACAUCGGUAUAAGGAGGAUAAUUGA